AAUUCCGUUUAUAAUGACACUUUUGUCAAAAGAUUUCUUCCAUGGGCUGAUUUCGAUGAAAUUAUCGGUAAAGCCAGUGUUGAAUCAGAUAGAGGCGGCAUUCACAACGGUAAAUGGAUUAGUGUAGAAAAACCUUAUGUUUCUCCUUUACUUUUAAAAGUUAGUCAUGUUGAAGAUGAGUCUGAAAUCAAAUUAGAAGAUUUAACUAGUUUAUUUAAUAAUUUCAAAAAAGAAAUUAUGGAUGAAAUGAAAUCUCUGGCUUCAAAAGACGAGUUAAAUAUAA